CUAAAGAAUUAUUGCCGUGGAUACUCUAAAAUAGAAUGUCCCCAAUAUCCUCAUUUUUACCAUGUUCAACGUCUGAUAACUCGAAAAGUAGAUGGUUCCGGACUUCGUGCCCAUUAACACUUUUGAUCAGGAGAUUAUGAAGUACAACAUACUGCAGUUUCAACCAAUUUGACCGGGAUCCAUUUUCCCUAUGGCUGGGCCCGGAGUCCUUUCUAGAAUUUUUUUCAAUUUUUUAAUAGGUGGGAGAACUCUUCAAAAAACAUAAGAUAAUCGAGAACCGUGAACCACGAGGUGAUGAUAGGCCGAUAUUGCAGAUAAUUAUAUCUGCCACAAACUGGACAGUUCAGAUUAAGAAAUUUGUACAUCUCGCGAUGUAUAAUCCUUAUAUAUGCAUUGCGUCAUUUAUAGAAGCUGUUGUUUUUAAGUCUAUAUGUCCGAAACUUUACAUUUUGAAAUCUACAUAUAAGAAUGAAAAAAUAUUAGAUCUAUUGAAGGAUGAUUACACCACAUUGAGAACAGCGAUAGUAUGUGUAAACGCUAAAGAAGCCGAAGAGUUAAAUAAUUUUUUAACUUUUACAAAGAAAACUCUGCUAAUUCAUGAAAAAAUGAAAGCGUUCGAUAUACAAGCUUUACGAGAAAGUUGGAUAUCAUGUGUAUGCGGUUAUUAUCCAGUAUUGAUAUGUACUGAUCCAGUACUGUCUGGCCUUAGUUUUACUAAUAUUCAAUGGCUGAUACAUUAUUCUGUAUUAUUAAAACUCAGAAAUGAAUUCAAUUAUAGGUUUUCUCUACUUUUAGAUAAUAUGACACAGGAUGCUACUAACUGUAAAAUUAGUAUAAUUAUUGACGAGAAUAACGAUGUACAAUUUCGAAGUAUAAUAAGAAUACUUCAGCGAAUGAAAACUGUAAUAUCUCCGGAAAUGUUAGACUACGUUCAGCGAAUAGCAAUUACAUUAGAGAGGGAUAAGAAAGACUAUGCUCUAUGUGACAAUGUGAAAUCAUUUGGCUUCUGCCAAGACCAAAAUACCUGUGUAUUCAGACAUUGUAUCCUUCCUGAAAUCGAUGCGCCAAUAACAAAUAUACAGAUCAAUGAUAAGGUGAAGUUGAUGGUAUUAUAUGUUCACGAUACGACGCAUUUUUCUGCGAGGAUUAUUGAACAUAUUCCACAUUCCGAUGAAUCGAAAAAAAUAACGUAUUCCAACGUUGAGUACAUGCAAACUACGGCUAAAAUACAAAAUUAUUACGGAAAUAUUGAAAAUAGGUAUGUACUGAGCAUAUUCACAAUUUUCUUGAUAUUAUUUGUUCUUAUAUAUUCUUUGAAUUUCUAUGGUAUAUACUUUCUUAAGGCUCCUAUUCACUCACUCCAACUAUCUUGGAUUGAUAACGUCAGAAGCGAAAAAAUACAUUAUGAAAAUUCUUGCAACGUAUAUUAAAUAUAAAAAUAAAAAAACAAAUGUUUUUCAAUAAAAUAGCCUUUGUAAUCGAUAAAA